AGGUUGUAAGGCCUUCAAGGAACACUGAGGGUAGUGCUGAUGGUUCAGUAAGUGGCUUCUUCUUGAUUGGUAUUGCUCUAAUCCUAUAAAACUGGUUUGUGAAGUCAUUGUGCUCUUUGAGAUACUGUCCUUUUAAAAUGAGGCCAAGUCAAUGCUGGGCAUACUUUGCUAGUGUAGGUAUAUCGGCUAAGUGCUCCUGGUGUGGAUGCAUCUCAUACGAGCAACACUGCUAGUUCUAGCAUGCCUACCCUUUCUCCCCCAAGGGAAAUAAGCUAAAUCAGCAAAAGUCCAAUUUUCCAGUAUGACACUGUCUACACUAUAUGGGCUUUUGCUGCCACAGCUAGGUGUAUGGGUCGCAAAUUACACCCCUUACCAACAUAGUAAUGCUGGCAAAAAAUUGUAGUAUAGACAUGGCCUGCAAUGUAGAACUGAGGUCCAAGAUCUUGUAUGCCUGCCAACACUUGCUUUUUUUGAAGGACUGAGUGAGAAAACAAAUAUUUUGCUAACAAAUAGGAACUUCCCCUCUCUUGGAUAAGUACAAUUAACAUGUUAAUACAGCUGUUCUAGUUGGUUCCAUUUGCAGAACUAUACAGGGCUUAUCUGUAACUUCCAAAUGGACUUCUUGUCCUAAAUCAUGUAGGACAAGUUUUUCUAAAGCCUGGUCUACACUAGGAGUUGAGGUUGAAUUUAGCAGCGUUACCUCGAUUUUAACCCUGCACCCAUCCACACAACGAAGCCCUUUUUUUCGAUUUAAAGGGCUCUUAAAAUCUAUUUCUUUACUCCACCCCUGACGAGGGGAUUAGUGCUGAAAUCGGCCUUGCUGGGUCGAAUUUGGGGUACUGAGGAUGCAAUUCAAUGGUAUUGGCCUCCGGGAGCUAUCCCAGAGUGCUCAGUUGUGACCGCUCUGCAUGGCGCGCUCAACUCAGAUGCACUGGCCAGGUAGACAGGAAAAGCCCCGCAAACUUUUGAAUCUCGUUUCCUGUUUGGCCAGCGUGGCGAGCUCACCUGCACAGGUGGUCAUGCAGAGCUCAUCAUCACAGGAGACCAUGCAGUCCCAGAAUUGCCGACGAGCUCCAGCAUGGACCGAACGGGAGGUAUGGGAUCUGAUCACUGUAUGGGGAGAUGAAUCCGUGCUGCCAGAACUCCGUUUGAAAAGACGAAAUGCCAAAAUAUUUGAAAAAAUCUCCAAUGGCAUGAAGGGCAGAGGCUAUAACAGGGAACCGCAGCAGUGCCAUGUGAAAAUUAAGGAGCUCAGGCAAGCCCACCAAAAAACCAGAGAGGCAAACAGCCACUCCGGUUCAGAGCCCCAGACAUGCCACUUCUGUGAUGAGCUGCAUGCCAUUCUAGGGGGUGCAGACACCACUACCCCCACCCUGUGCUUUGACUCUGUCCAAGGAGUGGGAGGCAACACGGAAGUGGGUUUUUGGGGCAAAGAGGAGGAGGUUGUGGAUAGCUCACAACAAAGAAGUGGAGAAACCGGUUUCCCCAACAGCCAGGAACUGUUUUUCACCCUGGACCUGGACCCAGUACACCCUGAAGCCACCCAAGGCGGGCUCCCGGACCCUGAAGGCAGAGAAGGGACCUCUGCUGCAUAUGUUUCUCCUUCCCAGAGGCUAGCAAAGAUUAGAAGGCGAAAAAAACGCACUCGUGAUGAAAUGUUCUGACCUCAUGCUGUCCUCCCACACUGACAGAGCACAGCAAACUACAUGGAGGCAGACAAUCUCAGAGUGCAGGAAAACACCAUAUGACCACGAGGAGAGGUGGCGGGCUGAAGAUGGUAGGUGGCAUCAGCUUGCUGAAAGAAGGCAGGAGUCAAUGCUCAGGCUGCUGAAAGAUCAAACUAAUAUGCUCCAGCGUAUGGUUGAGCUGCAGGAAAGGCAGCAGGAGCACAUACCGCCACUACAGCCCCUGUGUAACCAACCGCCCUCCUCCCCAAGUUCCAUAGCCUCCUCACCUAGACACCCAAGAAUGUGGUGGUGGUGGGGGGCUCCGGCCACCCAGCCACUCCACCCCAGAGGAUUACCCAAGCAACAGAAGGCUGGCAUUCAAUAAGUUUUAAAGUGCUGUGUGGCCUUGUCCUUACCUCCUCCACCACCCCUCCCGGGCUACCU